CCCAGAUAGUUAUAGUUCAUGAAGUUGUACAUGCUUUUUUUUCAGGAUAUGACCUGAUUGAAUGGUUAAUAGAGCGCCUGGGAAUCGAAGAGUCAGAGGCACUCAAUAUAGCCCACCAACUAUGUCAGUAUGGAUACUUCUUUCCCACAAAUGAGCCGAAAUACCUGGUAGUUAAAGACGACAGCUCACUGUACAGAUUCCAGAAACCAUAUUAUUGGCCUUGGAAUAACAGACCACCAGAUAAUGUAGAAUAUGCCAUUUUCCUUAAAAAAAGAACACUUAGAAAUAAACAGAGGCACGCACUGGAAGAUUAUGAAAUAGAACAUUUCAACAGUUUGAAGAAAAAUUUAGCCAACAAGUGGGAUUUUAUUUCGCUCAAAGCAGAAGAACAG